AUGGUCCCCCUCCCGCUCUUCAAGCUCGCGGCCCUCUUCGUGCGGCACGUCUCCAAAUAUGGCGCUAACCGCAUCAAGGCGCGCGCCCACGACCAUCCCCGCUUCCGCGCCUUCGCCGCCCGCUACGGCCAGUCGAUACACCAGCUGAACAUGCGCAUGUCGGUCGCCCUGUUGCGGGAUCCCGAGGCCGAGCGACGAGCCAAGGAGCGCGCCGAGGCGCCGACCGUCAAGACGGAGGAGCAGCACAAGCGCGAUGAGGCGGCGAGGGAAAAGGCCGCAGCGAAGGAGAAGGCCGCAGGCGCCAAGACAGAACACGCCUCGUCAACAUCAACUUCAACGUCAACGUCAGCAUCAGCGUCAACAUCUUCGUCAACAUCUUCGUCAUCAUCGUCGUCGUCGUCGACAUCGUCCCACGCCCACCAGCGCAGAGGCGGCUUCACCUUCCAAAACGUCUGGAAGCGCAAGUUCCGCCCGCUGCCCGAGACCAAGGCCGUGGACCUCUUCGCCGACGUCAUUGGCGACGCCUUCAUCCUCGCCGUCGCGGGAGGGCUCAUCAUCUACGAGACGUGGAAGGCGUCGCGCAAGCCCGACGCCAACAAGGAGCGCAUCGACGAGCUCGACCGCCGCCUCGAGGAGCUCAGGCUGCGCGAGGAUGAGCUCGCCGAGGCGGAGCGGAGCCGGCAGCAGCGGUACGAUGCCUUGGAGGAGGCGCUGCGGGCGCUCCAAGACCCCAAGACGAAACAGCCGCUGCUACCGAGCUUGCGGGCGGCAUGA